GAUGGCAAGUGUGAUUAAAUUUGCGAUGUGUCCGUUUCAUGGUAGGUUUUUCGCUGGUCGUGUCUCCCUUGGUUUCUCUCAUGGAAGAUCAAAUCAUGGCUCUCAAGAAGCUCAGUUAUCCUGCGGAGAUGUUGUCAGCAAGUGCAGACAGGAAAGCUGUCAACGAAGUGAUGGGUGCGAUGACGAAUCCAAAGGCUCCGUUGAAACUCUUGCUUGUGACUCCAGAAAAGCUCGGGAAAAGCAAGCGGUUUAUUUCCAAGCUCCAAAAAGCUUAUGAAAUGGGCCGUUUUUCGUUGAUGGCUGUGGAUGAGGUGCAUUGUUGUUCCCAAUGGGGACACGAUUUCCGAAGAGGUUCGCAUUCUUUCGAUUUGACACUCUAA